GAGACUCGCACGCUGUAGUUUAUCCAUUAAAUAAAGAAUUUAAUUAUUAUGACGAGUACGGAAUUUCAAGCAGUGGUCUUGGCAGCGGGUCGCGGCUCCCGUUUGCCCGAAGUGUUAGGUGAUGCGCCUAAGUGUUUGUUACCCAUUGGGCCACAUCCUUUGCUGUGGUACCCGCUCACCAUGUUGCAACGACACAAUUUUUCAGAGGCCAUUGUCGUUGUGCUGGAGCACCAAAAGGUUGAAAUUCAACAGGCGCUUGAGCGCACACCCAUCAAAAUAAAAGUCGACUAUGCCACAAUACCUUACGACAGUGAUUUUGGCACAGCCGACAGCUUGCGUUAUAUAUACGAUAGAAUUAAGUCCGAUUUUCUGGUGGUGAGCUGUGACAUAGUCAGCAAUGUCAGUUUGUAUCCACUUAUUAAUAAGUUUCGGGAGCACGAUGCUGCACUUGCGCUGCUUCUUUUUAAAAGUGGCUUUGAGUCUGACGUAGUGCUUCCCGGUCCAAAAAAUAAGCACAAACCGGAACGCGAUAUAAUUGGUAUACAUCCGGAUACACAACGGCUGGCUUUCCUUUUGGCGGCUAGCGACUGUGAGGACACUCUGAACAUUCAGCGGCACUUACUUAAGGACAGGGGUCAGUUAAAUGUAUAUGGUCGGCUCUUGGAUGCUCACAUAUAUGUGCUGAAGAAAUGGGUUAUUAACUAUCUGCAUACGAAGGAAAACAUUUCAACCUUUAAGGGCGAGUUUUUACCACAUUUGAUUAAAAAACAGCAUGUGAAGCGUUCGGCCAAAUUGCAGCAGGAUACCACAUCAGAGUUGGGUGUCAAUACCAAGCCCGGUGACAAUAUUUUACAUUAUGUGCCAACGACUGCCUUGAAUCAAAAAAUCACGCAAACCUCGCUAUUUAACGACUCUCUCUCGCAUGUACCUUACCAUGGUGACGCAGUGCGUUGCUAUGCCAUACAAGCACCUAGGGAGGCAAUAGGUGUGCGCGUGAACAGCACCCUGAGUUUCUGCGCCCUAAAUCGAAAAUUGGCCAGCAUCUGGAAUGACCUGUGUGGUGAAUCUUAUCCACUGAUUGCGCUAGGAGCCACUGUUAAGUCGACCCAAACAAAGGAAAUAAUUGUGGCCGACAACGCCAAAUUGUCGGAAAAGACAUCCUUGAAUUAUAGUGUUUUCGGUCCUAAUUGUGUUGUUAAUCCGAAGAACAUUGUGAGUAAUUCGAUUCUUAUGUCCAAUUCCAUUGUGGAGGAAGGCUGCAACAUCGACAACUGCAUAGUUGGACACAAAGCCCAUGUCAAGAGCGGGUCGGUGCUCAAGAACUGCCUCAUUGGCCCCAAUUAUGUAGUCGAGGAAGACAGUAAAAAUCAGUCUGUGCAUCUGUCCAAUGCGGAUGAGUACAUGGAGAUUGACAUUCAGUGAA